AUGGCCAGUAUCUACCAGAAUAGUUACGUCACGAUAUCGGCCACGGAUGCAAGCACUGGCAGCGCGAGUUGCCUUGCAGACCGACGAAAAGCAGUCAAGAUUCCGUACGAGAACACGACGAAGAAGGAAUUUGCACUGCGGGCAAGAAUGUACUCAGAUCAUCAUCCAGACGCCAACGGCAAUCCGGGAAGGCUUGCAGGUCCACUGACAUUACGUGCCUGGGCCCUACAGGAACAUGUCCUGAGUACCAGGGUACUGCAUUUUACAGUCACAGAGCUUGUGUUUGAGUGCAGGAGCUCCUACCGCUGCGAGUGUAUGCCAGAACGCAAGACACGCGCAACAACUCCAGCUCUCAUCCCUAGAGCUGUUGCGAGUCGAAAGGCAGAUACCAUCUGGGCUGCGUGGCAUCGCAUAGUGGAGCAAUACUCGACACGAGAACUGACCAUGCCAGCGGAUAAGCUACCAGCUAUUUCCGGAAUUGCAAGCAAGAUCAGAAAAGCCACCCAUUCGGAGUACAUUGCUGGGCUUUGGAAGAGCAACCUUGCCUUCGAUCUGCUGUGGCAAAGGACGGUGCCAACACCGACAGAUGGAGACUCCCAUGCCCUUGAAACAUGGCGUGCGCCCUCUUUCUCAUGGAGUUCGCUGAACGCGCCCGUCACUUAUUACACACCAGACGAUGAUGAACGGGCAACAUCCCGCUCGAGCAUAACCCUUGUCUCAUCCACCGUAAUUCCCACUGGUCUCAAUCCCUUGGGUGCGGUAUCUGGCGCCUCUCUGACCCUUCGUGGACCCGCUGCAACGGCAAACCUCUCGGGCAGGUAUACCGGUAGCAGCUGGAAAUAUGUGCUCAUCAUGCGAGGCACCAGUGCGAUACAGAUCGCGCAAGAUUGUUGUCUCGUCAAGUCCCGGUGGGAUUCACCCGAUGCUGAUGAAGAGCAGUGGACUGUUCGACGCGCACUGCCUAAAGAAUCUCUAGCUGAGUUCGAAGCACCUGUUCUCUGCUUGGGCGUGGUGCGCUAUGGUGAUUCCAUCUCAGGUAUUGUGUUGGGGCGGUCGGAUCAAAAACCUGGGGCCUGGCAACGGCUUGGCGCAUUCGCAGCAGGUGCAGCGAAUUUGCGGCACGCGAAGGAGGAAGAUUUGGUUCUCGUAUAA